CCAAACUUCUUAAAACUUCGUCAUUUCAAAUGGCCUCCUCUUCGAAUUCGUCAUCUUCUUCACCAAGUCCAAGAAAAGGAGGAUGGACAUAUGAUGUGUUUCUGAGUUUCAGAGGUGAAGACACCCGCAACAACUUUGUUGACCAUCUUUUUUCUGCUCUCACUCUCAAAGGUAUUCACACCUUCAAAGACGACAAAAUGCUGGGCGGAGGCCAACCCAUCUCAGAAGAGCUUGUGAAAGCCAUCGAAGAAUCAAGGUGGGCUGUUGUUGUUUUCUCCAAAAACUACGCCACCUCUUCUUGGUGUUUGGAUGAGCUUUCCAUCAUCAUGGAAUGCCAUGAUCAGGUAGGCCAGAAGGUGUUACCUGUGUUCUACCAUAUCGACCCGUCUGAUGUUCGCAAACAGAAAAGACAUUUUGCAACGCAUAAAGUGAACAAGUGGUUUAAGAGAUACAUGUUUAAGGGUGGAGAGAUGGAUAAAGUGAACAAGUGGAGGGCUGCUUUAACUGCAGCUGCCAGUUUAUCUGGUCAACAUAUCUUGCCUGACCAUGGGGGUGAAGCUGCAUAUAUAAGCAAAAUUGUAGAAGAGAUCUUAGCCGAUAUACAACCUCGUGGUGGUAGCACGGAAAACCAUUUAAUCGGUAUAGAGCCUCGUAUUAAAUUCUUAAUUGGAUUAUUGAAGAUGGAGGCAACCGAAGAGGUCCGCUCGAUGGGGAUAUGGGGAAUGGGAGGGAUUGGCAAGACAACUAUUUCCCGAGCCCUGUAUAACAGAAUCGCUCAUAAGUUUGAGGGUAGCAGCUUUGUCACUGAUGUUAGAGAGAAUAGCUCUAGUAAAAAACAUAUGUGCACCUUACAAGAGAGGAUUCUAAAUGAUAUUCUAGGGGAGUCUCAUGGGUACAAGAUAAAGGAUCGUGAUCAGGGAUCCGAAAUGAUACAAGAAAGGUGUUGUCGAAAGAAGGUUCUUCUUGUUCUUGAUGACGUGAAUGAUGUCGAGCAAUUAGAGUUCCUAGCUGCAACACGUGAGUGGUUUGGUCCAGGAAGUAGAAUCAUUAUAACCACCAGGGAUCGGCAUUUGUUAUCAUCUGUGGAUGUAACGUACAAAGCUGCUAUUUUAAUUGGGGAUCAAGCUGUUGAGCUCUUCAACAGGCAUGCUUUUAACGAAAGAAGCCCUCCAGAAGGAUACGAGGAGUUGUCAAGUCGUGCAAUACAUCAUGCUGGUGGUCUUCCUCUAGCGCUAGAAGUCUUAGGCUCAUUCUUUCGUGGGCGAAAAGCAAAUGAGUGGGAAAGUGCUUUAAUGAGGCUUGCCAAAUCACAAGACGAUAAGAUCUUCGAGACACUCAAGUUAAGUUUUGAUUAUCUAAAUGAUUCUGAGAAACAAAUAUUCCUAGACAUUGUAUGUUUCUACAAGGGGAAAGAUGUAGACUAUGUUACCAGAAUACUUGAUUGCUGUGGUUUUGAGCCGGUUAUAGGGAUUAGUGUUCUUGUUGAAAAAUCUCUUAUAACCAUCUCAUGGGACAAUACACUAGAUAUGCAUGAUCUCGUAGAAGAAAUGGGCCAGAAAGUAGUUCAAGCAAGUGCUCCAAAUAGCAGGCUAUGGGAACUCGAAAAGACCUAUCAUUUUUUGAAUAGUGCAAGCAAGCAGGAACUAGAAUCAGUUGAGGGCAUAGUGCUGCCCCCGCUCCCAUUCCCACUGAGAUCUGGUUUUGUUACUGUGCAUCAUGAAGAGGAUAGAUUGAGCAUGAAUUUGAGUGUUGAUGUUUUUAAAAGCAUGAAGAAUCUUCGGGUACUCCAUUGUGAUGGAAAACUAACUUGUCGUGCACCUACGUUUCUCCCUAAUGAGUUAAGAUGGUUCCGUUGGCAAAAUUACCCGUUCUCUUCUCUUCCUGUGGCACACAUGAGUAAGCUUGUUGGGCUUGAAAUGAAAUAUGGAAAAUUGAAACAUUUAUGGAAGGAGAAAAAGGUAUACGGUGCAUGGAACCCAAUCGCUUAUUUAGCACCAGAAGUUUCUUUGUAUAAAAAUUCAAACUUGAAAUUUAUUAACCUUGUUAGUAGUGAUUAUCUACAAAGGUUUCCAGAUGUCUCAGGGGCACCAAAUAUUGAGAGUAUAAAUUUAAAACUUUGUUGGAAUUUGGUGGAGGUUGAUGAGUCCGUUGGGAGUCUGAAAAAGCUUCUUCACUUGGACAUGUAUGGUUGCUCAAGCCUCAAGUGUCUCCCAUCCAUGCUCCACACGGAAUCCCUAAGAACCCUCAUUCUGUCUCAGUGUCGUUUUCUUGAAAGAAUCCCAGAAUUCUCGCCUUGUAUGGUCAAUCUAUAUAUAUUAGAUAUCAGUCAGUGUCAUACAAUAGAAGAACUGCCAUCGUCCAUAAAAUAUCUCUCUAGACUACAAGAAUUGGAUGUUACAGACUGUAGAAGUCUAAAGAAUAUUCCAAACUCAUUGUCCGUACGUUUAGUCGGUGUAGAAGAAAGCGAAGGAAAGUUUAUUCCAGUACUCUACCCUUAAUAACGGUUAAAUGUUAGCACUUUUGACACUUCCAAAGUUCCAAUCUCUCAACUAUCAAUUACUUUGAU